UUUGAUCCAUUUUGUGGCCCCGGGUGGUGCUGGUGGAGCGCACAGCGGGAGGCGCAUUGUCUGUAUGCAAACUGCACGACAUGGCUAUUGUAUGGGUUUGGGCAUAUAUGGAGGCACCGAUGGCUCGGAGGAUACAGCAAGUCUGAAGUCCCAGGAGUGGAGAGUCGUUGUGCGCGUUUCUCUCCUCUGACUUUCUCCUGUUGUUAACCGCUCUGGUCUGUCACUAUGAGUUGCCUGGAUGUGAUGUACCACCAAAGCUAUGGAGCGCACUACCUCCCUGCAGCUGCGUACAAGGCGACGUACUACAACCACCACCACCAGCAACAACAGAGGAAGCUGAGUGUUUACAGUAAGAUGCAGGAGAGUAUGGAGCAGCAGCAGCAACAAGGCGGAGGAAGAGGGAUGCUUUCCAGGGAUCAGGGUCUCCGGCAGGGCCCUGCAGCACCAGGAACCGAAUCGAGCCGUAGAUCCGCAUCUGAUUCAGAGCUGAAGGAUGCUACUCAACCAGCAGAGGCAGAGUACUUGAGCUCCCGGUGUGUUUUGUUCACCUACUUCCAAGGCGACAUCGGUGAUGUGGUAGAUGAGCACUUCUCCCGGGCUCUCAGCCAGACCAGCAGCUUCACCAGCGAGACCAAACCGAUCAGAGCGACUCAGCCGACUGCUGCCUUAUGGAAAGAUGGUGUUUCUCACUCUGAGAGUCAGAGCAGCUCAGUGUGGAACAGCACCUAUCCAUCCCAAGCCAGUUCUUGCCUCCCAUCAGUCUCUGUCUCAGUCCACCCAGACUUCUCUGCCAGCCCUGUUUCUUUCAACCACCCUGACGGAGCUCUGUGGGCCGACCACAUGCUGUCCCAGGCUAGCCUCCCGCCUCCGGCUGCCCUCCCUGAUAGCUGGACCUACAGCCUGAACCCCCAGAGCCCAAGUGGCUACCCCAAUGUCCACAACGUCUACCAUCCUCACCCUCACCCCCACAUCCACACCCGGCACCACCACCCCAUGCUACACUCAUACCCGACCCACAGCCCAGCACUGGAUCCCAGGUUUAAUCCUCUGCUGCUGCCUGGUAUUAGGAACCAGCCGACCACCAGCACAGGGAGUUCCCCACACAGCGAGGGGGUAAAGACGGAGAUGGACCCCAGCAGCCCCGUCACGGCUACAUCUGUCACAUGGACCCCCUCGGCCCUCCAUGGAUCCCUUGAGGCGUAUGACUCAGCUCUUGAUCAGACCAAAGCAAAGACGUCAGUUUGGUUCUAACUGAUGUACUAAGAAUGAAAAGGAAUAUCAAUUCACACCAAAAAGGACCUAUUUGGCUCUAUCAAUGUAGCCUAUGGCUGCAACACCAGCACUGUAAUGUACCAUGUAGAUGGCUUACUGUAGCUUUGACUUUGAGUCCUGCACUGUCCACCAACUUACCACAGAGUUGAACUCAGGCUUUGGACUUAAAUGAAAUGCUUUGGCUGCAGGUCAAGGCCCUUGAUGAACUAUAAGCACAGACUACUAGCUUUAAGUAUGGAAGGUCUCUUCUUCUCUGUUGGCACAAAUCACCAUUUCUUUUUCAUGCAAUGUGAGACCAAGUGGUUCUGUUUCAAGAGCUUGAUUUUUGAUCCACAUCUUGUUUUGUACAGUAAAUGUUUGUUGAUGACUGUAAAAGUUUUCUUUGUGUUCAGUUUUCCCAUGCUAAGUUGUUGUUUGCUGGAUGACAUCUUCAGUAAUUGUUUGCCUGAAUGCUACUUUACUAUUUUGCCUUUGGGGAUUAUGUAGUGUAAAUAUUGGCACUGUAUGUUUAAGUAAUAAAAUGUUGAACUCUA